GUGCAGCCUCCUCUGCAUCCUCCCCUCAUGCUCUCAGGAGUCCGCUACUGCCAGGGCUACUCUUGUACUUUUGUAAGGGACUAACAGUUGACAGCAAAGAAGAAAACACACUUUGGUAAACUUUACACUCGUGGAAUUAAAAGAAGACAAAAGAGAAGAAAGAAAACGCGUAACUUUAAGGAGCGGUUGAAUGCUGCGUUCACGGACACGACGUGACUGGAAUGAGGAGACGCGCAAGAAAGGGACGAAUAAUUCAGGAUGCACUGGUUAUUGUUCCCCAGUCUAGGCCUGCUUGUUUGUUUUCACAGCUAUGUAAGAGCCUUUACACUGGAAACCAGAACCCACACAUAUGACGAGUCCUACUAUGAGUAUGUACCUGAUCGCCUGCAGUGGAAGAGUGCUGGGGAGCUGUGUAACCAGCGCUCUGGGGCCUUAGCUACCGUCUCCAACCCAAUGGAGAACCAAGAGCUCACCAGUUUUUUAAAAUCACUGAACAUUUCCCAGCCUGUGUGGAUUGCCAGGAAAGUGGUGACGCAUCUGACAAGCUACCCCAGGACCCAGAUUCUGAAUUUCACUGGGCGCUCGGACAGGAAGCAUGCCCGUCUCCUGCACAACUUCCCCUCCAUGGGCUCAGUGACUGUUUGCACCCACCUCCGCUUUGACCCAAACUGCUCUGGAAUUUCCACAAUCUUCUCUUAUUCCAUCCAGUCAUAUAUUAAUGAGUUCCAGCUCCGUGCGAACCUGAUCCGGGGGAGGCGUGUACAGCUGGCUCUGCUGGUCCAUGGUAUUCAUGGACCUUACCAAGAAGCAUUCGACCAUGAUGACGCCUGGCACUCUGUGUGUGUUUCUUGGAGCCAGACUGGUGGACGUUGGGCAAUAUAUACUGAUGGCCUUGUGAUCUCUAGGGGUGAAGGUCUAAAUAAUACUGCCAGCAUUGGCCCUGAUGGCCUUUUUAUUAUCGGGCAGGAGCAGGACACCUUUGGAGGCUCAUUCAAGACAGACAAAUCAUUCUCAGGGAGCAUCACUGAGCUGCACAUUUGGGAUCGGGUGCUGAACAGCAGUGAAAUAUUCACCAUGGAAAAGGAGUGCUCACCCAUUUCCUCUGGGCUGGUGUUCAAGUGGAGUGGAGCAGCGAUGGAAAUAGAGCCCUCCCUUUCAACGCUGUGUGGAGACAGCCCAUGUCAAGGGAACCUCACCAUGUUAGCAGAUUCAUUAUUGGAUUGCCCACUGGAUAUGAGUUUUUUGCAGAAUCAAACAUUCCCCUUUGAGUUGAUCUACGGCUCUACAUCUGAUGAGGACUGUGGUAUCUUUGACCCUGUUACAGGACGCUGUGAGCUAGCCAAGUGCAACUCAUUGAAUGGAGCUGUCUGCCAGUUUAAAAAAGAAGGGCUGGAUGUUUUCAAUUUACCAAAGACACCAUUUUUCAGUAGACUGAGCAAGGAUCCGUUGACAAAACCUGUGAUGGAGGAGCUGAGUGUCAACAACUCUUGGGACGGAGAUCUGACGUUGCUGCAGAAGCUGACCCAGGCUGUUGUACAUACAGUGGAGACUGGCGGCCCUCAUCUCCUGACUUCCAGUGACGUCUUCUGUUUCUCUCAGAUGAUUGACAAGAUGAUUGCGCAAGCUAGCACUCACUCUUCAGGAGCCAAUGCAGCAGAGGUCAUGGUGUCUAUUGCUACCAACUACGUAAACAUUGCGAAUUUGAUGCUGGAGCCGCACAUGGCUACUCAGUGGAUGGGCCUGACGGAGAAUGGGGUCAGUGUCGGGCCAUUCACUAUUGUCAAGAGCAUUGAUAAUCUCAUUGAAGCUCUUGCAGACAUGCUGUCUGCUGAGGGAAGAGGCUUUAUCCUUUCCACAAAGAACAUAGACGUGUACAUGAAGUGGCAGAAGCUGUCUCAGGAGAGCUGUAAUCAAGUCUUCAAGCCAUCUGCAGUUGGCUCUCACAAGCCCAGCAGCACUAGUCUUGAUGAGUUGCUUAUCCCUGACACUGAGCUCCAGAGGAUUCACACACUAGGAUAUGAGGAAGUGAUGUUUAUUCAUACACACUACAGCCAUCUCAGUGAGAUUGUGUCUGAAGCCAAAGAGCCUGCACUGAGUCACCAAGAGAACUCCAAAAGAAUUGUCCCAGGACAUUUAGCCUCUGCGGUCAUAUCAGCCUCCAUCCGUGAUUCCUCCAAGACGCAAACCAUCCCUGUGGCCGUCCAGUACACCCUCGCCUCAUCACAUGUGGUGGAGUAUUCACAGAGAGCUACCCCUGUUUGUGCCUUUUGGGAUUUUAGCCUGAUGCAAAGUCAGACCAGUAGCUGGUCCACUGAUGGCUGCGCGGUGAUCUUUGUCGGCUCUGGCGUGACUUCUUGUCUUUGUAACCACACCACCAACUUUGCAGUGCUGAUGAAUUACAUGGAGUUCAAGUGGAGUCCUGAGGAAGAGCUUAUUUUGACCAAGCUGACAUUCAUUGGCUCUGGCGCAUCUCUAUGUGCACUGGUUGUGACCUUGAUGCUUUUCACAGUGCUGGAUAUCCCCAAAUCUGACAGGACGUCCAUCCAUAAGAAUCUGUUCAUCGCUCUUAUCUGUGCUCAGGUGAUUCUGCUCUGCAGCGGAUCGGCCAUUCACAACAAGGUGGCUUGUACACUUGUAGCAGCACUGCUCCAUCUCUUCUUCAUGGCAGCAUUUAGCUGGAUGCUGGUGGAGGGUCUUCUGCUCUGGAGCAAGGUGGUCGCCGUCAACCUAAACGAGGACCAGCAUAUGAAGUAUUACUAUCUCAUCGGCUGGGGUCUGCCGGUGCUGAUAGUCACGAUCACACUAGCAUCGGCUUCAGGCAAAUACUCAGCUGACGGCUACUGUUGGCUCAGUGUCCAGAAUGGCGUUAUCUGGGGCUUCGCUGGGCCUGUCAUCUUCAUCAUUAUGGUGAAUAUUUUGAUACUGACCAGAGUGGUGGUCAUCACCAUCUCCACAGCCAAGAGAAGGUCCAUCAUGUUGGCCAUGGGCACCAGUCCUGUGGAGCAAGCCUACGAGCAAAUCAGGGCUGCAGUGAAAGCAGUGUUGGUGUUGCUGCCCAUCCUCGGACUGACAUGGCUGUGUGGUGUUUUGGUCCCUUUCUCCAUUGUCAUGGCCUACAUCUUCAUCCUCCUCAACUCCCUACAGGGCCUGUUCAUCUUUCUGAUAUAUGGGGUGUACAACACAGAGGUUCGGAGCACGGUCAACAGGAUCAAGGAGAGGAGAAAAGCGCUUAAUUUUUCAAAUUGUGCCAGUUCUCGACCAUCCAGCUCAGUCACCAACUCUCGUCCUGUCAGUUUUCCACUUGGAACGACCCCAAGCCAGGAGGAGGAGGAGGCGGCGGCCUACACCUGCAGCAACACACCAGGGCAGGUGGAGGAGGAGAGGACCAGAGGUCAGCUGUCCAUUCCUUGUGUUCCAGAGAGACUAGAAAAUCCCCUGAGCCAAACCUCGAAAGGCACUCAUCCGGAUAGAGAGGAGCUUCCUCCUCCUCCUUCAGACGCCUUGCCGCCUGGUUGCAGUCUCCACGUUCCCAUGGAGCUCGAGUUCGCCGCUUCGUGUUUCCCUCGCAGCCCCGCGCCUCAGAAAAGCUACGGCCUCGUCUACGUCGACUGACCCGGCCGGCGCCACGAAGAUCGGAGGGUCUCGUAUUGUGAUUUCAUUUUUAUUCACACUUUCGGUGCAGUGUUUCUUCUCAUCGGCGCUCCGUUUUUUUUUUCUUCAAUUCUUCACAUUGACAAUUAUCAUCACGAUGAAUAUAAGAGACACGAGGAAAUUUGGUACAUGCUCGCCCUUGAGUCUUGCAUUCCUUUAUACUGGUUGGAAGUAUUUUUAUUUUUUGUGAACCAGGAUUCAUUCAACACGAGACGCCCUGCAUCAUAGCUUUAAUGCCUCAAAUAUGCUUUUAAUCUCAACUUACAUUCCAAGUUAGUUAAGAAAGCAACACAUCGCUCAGUAAAUUAAGUCCACUAAGUAAUCCUUGUCACCCACUCGUGUCGGAUCCACAUCAUGUAGCGGGGAUGUCCCUGGUUCGAUUCAAGUGGGAACAUUUAUCCCUCUUUCUCUCCACCUGGGGUUUAUGUCGCACUGUUGUCAGCUGUUAAAUAUAAGUUGUUUCCUCUCAUACAUGGACUCCGAUCAGUGUUUGUGCUGAAAACUAUCAUUCUUCUCACCGUAUCUUAAGUAAAGGAGUGCUUGAAUAACAUUUCCCCACAAAAGCAAAAAAAAAAAACAAAAAGGCAAUGAAAUGGAAGUAGGCGGCGUUAGUGUGCGGAGGAAGCGAGAAUCUGGUGUUAUAAGCAUAAUAAUUAUUUAUUGAAAUAUGAGGAAAAAAUUCAAUUAGCCUCAGAGAGAGAGACACUCCCCAGGACCAGAUAGUGAUAGGAGCAUUCAGAAUGUCAGCAAGGAGGGGCAAAAGUCAUAGACAAGCGGGAAGGAAAAUGGCAUUUUUAUGUUUUGUGUACCCAUGUGUGGAAAAUGUACAUUAGCAUAUAAUGCACAAAGGUAGGUCAUUGUUUAAGUCCUUGACAAAGCAUUUAUCCUGCAUACAAGUCUGUCUGACAAUGACUAUGUGGCCUGAAAUGUGUGUGUUGUGAAGCAAACAACUGGAAUUCUCACCAUUUGUUGUUGUUGUUGUUUUGUUGGUUUUUUUUCCCCCCUCAAACUUCCGACACUAUCUGAAAGCAUUUAUUAAACUGUCUACAAACAAAA